CUCUGUUAAUUUGUGUGUGUCCAUUCACAAAGCGACACCUGGUUGUGGACAGAACCCAGUAUGCAGAGUCUCAGUCUUUUUUCUGGUCCUUUGGUGGUUACAACUUUAAAGCAACAUUAUACUACAGCACUGUUGGUGAAUGCCCUCCAGUCUGUAGCGUAGACCUGGCUCUCAGAUUCGAGAACCCUCUGUGUGGGUGUGCCAAGUUUCCUUUGCAGAUACAGCAAGUACCAAAAAGGACCCCUUAGAUUCAGGGUGUGAAAUGCCUACUUCGGAGGAAUUGCAGCUUCAGCAGGUCCUGCUGUCCGCCCAAGCACUCCUCAGAAGGCAGAGGUGGGCUUCUGUGGUUCCCUCUCCAUUAGAGGUUGGGAAUGCUACUGUUUUCAGCCUGCCUCUGAGAAUUUCCCCAGCUCCAGAACACGAGACAAGCUCCUGGUAUCUCUGCAUGGAGGCGGCAGUAAUCUGUCGACAGAACACCAUGCUAGCCUUGCUGUAUCCCUGGAGAACAGAAUCCAGCUGGCCUUUGAGGGGCACAGCCCUCGAGGAGCUGUUGCUUCAGACCCAGGAAGCAGUUGGUCAGCACAUUAAGCCAGAACGUCCACAUAAGUUGCCUUUUGACAGAGCUGUGGCCAUGGCUGCAUGGUAGGACCAGCGUCCCGUAUCCUGAGGCCAGAAUGAGUGAAGAAGCAUGCCGAACCCGCAGUCAGAAGCGAGCCCUUGAACCUGACCUAACAGAGGAUGAUGUGGAGAACAAGAAAAUGAAGAUGGAGAGAGGACCAUCAGAGCUGACUGUGGACGGAGACACCAGGAUGAUGCCAGAACUAGGUGCAGGCCCAGCCCAGGGCUUGCUGAGGACAACAGAGGCCACAGGCGAAGGGCUGGUAGGAGAUGGACCUGUGGACAUGCGCACCUCACACAGUGACACGAAGUCCGAGAAGAGACCUCCCUCACCUGAUGUAAUCGUGCUCUCCGACAGUGAGCAGCCAUCAAGCCCAAGGGUGAACGGGCUGACCACAGCGGCCUUGAAAGACACCAGCACUGAGGCGCUCCUGAAAAGCAGUCCAGAAGAUCGAGAGCGGAUGAUCAAGCAGCUGAAGGAGGAGUUGAGACUAGAGGAAGCAAAGCUGGUCCUGUUGAAAAAGCUACGGCAGAGUCAAAUACAAAAGGAAGCCACAGCACAGAAGCCUGCAGCUUCCUCAGGGAGCACCGUGACUACCCCACCCCCACUCGUGCGGGGUACCCAGAACAUUCCUGCUGGCAAGACAUCACUUCAGACCUCUUCCACUCGGAUACCUGGCAGCAUCAUCCCACCACCACUGGUCCGAGGUGGGCAGCAGGUGUCUGCCAAGCUGGGACCACAGGCUAGCUCUCAAGUAGUCAUGCCACCUCUUGUCAGGGGGGCCCAGGUGAGUCAGCAGAUUCACAACAUCAGACAGCAUUCCUCCACGGGGCCACCACCCCUCCUCCUGGCCCCCCGAGCCUCAGUGCCCAGCAUGCAGAUUCAGGGACAGAGAAUCAUCCAGCAGGGACUCAUCCGUGUCGCCAAUGUCCCCAACACCAGUCUCCUGGUCAAUAUCCCUCAGCCUACUGCAGCCUCGCUGAAGGGGACAACAGUUGCCUCUGCUCAGGCCAACUCCACCCCUGCCAGUGUGGCCUCUGUGGUUGCAUCUGCUGAGUCUCCAGCUAGUCGGCAGGCUGCUGCCAAGCUAGCACUGCGCAAGCAGCUGGAAAAGACACUGCUGGAGAUUCCCCCACCCAAGCCCCCUGCUCCAGAGAUGAACUUCCUGCCCAGUGCUGCCAACAAUGAGUUCAUCUAUCUAGUCGGACUGGAGGAGGUGGUGCAGAAUCUGCUGGAGACGCAAGCGGGCAGGAUCUCUGCCACUGCAGCUGCUGCUGUGUUAUCCCGGGAGCCCUACAUGUGUGUGCAGUGUAAGACGGACUUCACCUGCCGCUGGCGAGAGAAGGGUGGAGCCGUCAUGUGUGAGAACUGCAUGACCUCAAAUCAAAAGAAGGCGCUCAAGGUGGAGCACACCAGCCGCCUGAAGGCUGCCUUUGUGAAGGCGCUGCAACAAGAGCAGGAGAUGGAGCAGCGGCUGCUGCAGCAGGGCGUGGGUACUGCCAGCAUCAAGGCUGAGCCUGCAGCCCCACAUGCCACACUGAAGCAGGUCAUAAAGCCCCGACGUAAGUUGGCGUUCCGCUCAGGAGAGGCCCGUGACUGGAGUAACGGGGCCGUGCUACAGGCUUCCAGCCAGCUCUCCCGGGGCUCAGCCACUACACCUCGUGGCGUUCUGCACACCUUCAGCCAGUCACCCAAACUGCAGAACGCAGCCUCGGCUACGGCUCUGGUAAGCAGGACUGGCAGACAUUCCGAGAGAGCCGUGGGCACCAGCAAGGGCACCACCUCCAACUGGAAAAAGACGCCCCUGAGCACAGGUGGGACCCUUGCCUUCGUCAGCCCAAGCUUGGCAGUGCACAAGACCUCCUCGGCUGUGGACCGUCAGCGAGAAUACCUCCUGGACAUGAUCCCUCCACGCUCCAUCCCCCAGUCAGCCACAUGGAAAUAAUGGGAGCCUGGCCCAGCCGAGGACAGGCCCUCUGCUCUCCCGAGGCCCCUGGUCUAGGACACAGACUGCCCUCCCAGCAAGUUGCUGAGACAGCUCAGUCCUUGGCUGUUGCCUUGCUGUGGUCAGGAGAGUGUGCCACCAUGGUGCCCAGGAUCAGAACCAGGGACCUUCCCCGCGGGCCUUCUCCUUCCUUUUUGCCUUUAGUUUGCCCGACACCAGCAGAAACUUGGACCUUGGGGCCAGCUCUGCCUGGCCAGUGUGGGUGGGAGCUCACCCUGGACACUGUGACACGCCCGGGCCAGGCUGGCACCGGGGGCUCCCAAAGUUGAGCCGGGGUUUCAUUUUCUUUUGGCUUUUCCCAUCUUUUAGCUCCCAGUCUCUGCCUCUUCAUGGCCAUCUAUAGGUUGAAGUUUGGGUUGUUUUUUUUUGUUUGUUUGUUUUGUUUUGUUUUGUUUUUUGUUUUUUGUUUUUUUUUUUUAAAUCACCUCAUGAUGAUGAUGGAAUUAAAAGUGAACUGCGUAGACCCAGGGUUCCUGUUGUGCACAUUGUAAUCUGCAGACCAUAGCCCCAGAGGAUGCUCUGAGUGGCAGCACCCAGGGAUGGCAGGUGCCAUCCUGGCGCUAGUGUUUGUUGCUGCUCACGCGGCCCCUGGCUUCCACGCUUGGCAGUGAAUCGCAGCCCAGACUCCACCAGAUGCCCACAAGCUCCAGAGGGAUGCUGGAGCCAGAGCUGGCUACUGGCAGGGAGGCUCCUGGGGUAUUUUUGUGGUUUAUUUUAUUAAAAUUUUCUUUUUCUCUUCAUUUUGAUGGACACAAUCUCAAGAUGCCUGUGCCUGCCAAGAGGCACCCAGGUAGGGACCCACAAGAACCCUUCGGUCUGGGUUCUGCAGGCUUUACUUCCUACUCAAUCCACAGAGAUGUCUGUCGUAAGGGCUGGGUCUACUUUAACUUUGUUUUGUUUCCUUCUCCCCCCACUCUUUAACAAUUGGUUCCAUGGUGAAAGGCAGCUGUGUGUCCAGCACGCACAGGGCGGCCUGCUGCAAAUCUGCAGUGAUUGGUCACUGUCAUUUCCCCAUCCAGCCCUGGCUUCUCUUGACACAAUACAGUUAGGGACUUUAAUUUAAACCCGUGUUCUGCAGACCUUCGCCCUCUGCAAACACUGCCCCUGCCUCCUCCUAAUAAAGGCUCAUUUAACCCCGUGCUCACAAGUGUGGAAAUCCUCCAUCUCUAGGAAUCGUUUGGACAUGUGGGAGUUACAAGUUUUGGAAAACCUUUUUGUUGUGUAAGACCCAAGUUACUCAGUGCUUCUGAGUGUGUUACUUCUUGGGGUGGAUAUGGAUUUGGGGGAAUUAACAGAAAUUUGCCUCCUUUUUUUUUUUUUUUUUUUAAGGUGGGGGUGUUUUUACACCAAAAAAAUAUAUAAAAAUAUAUGCAAGCAUUUCUUACUCAUAGAGUAUUUUUGUGCCUGGCAAGUCAGUUUCUUUUUACCCACCCUUCCUGAGUGGCUGAGCCUCUGUUCAGAGACAUGGGCCUAAGUCUUCUGGCUCCUUGGAGCAGCAGCACGAGGUGGCCUCUGCCAGAAGUCAUCCUCAGUCCUAUGCAGUCACUGGCCAGACCAAGUCACCUGGAACUGGAGGAAGACCUCCACUCUAGUUGACAGGGCCUGACCAGAUGGUUCAUUGUCCUGGCUCGUUUGUGACCUCCCUACCCUUCCAGACUUGCAAGUCUGAUGAGGCCUCCCCAUCGUGACACCUGCCUAAGCCUUGUGGGCCCUGUUGUUUAUGCACCUCACGAGGGACAGGGUCCACUCCCAGCUGUGGGCCUUAUUUCCCAGGAUGGCACGCUGUGGUGAAGCUCUCCCUACAGAGGGCUGGAGUGUGAGGUGCCGUAUCUUACUUGAAAGUGCUGCUCACAACUUUGCACUGCACUGGCCUGAGCAACAAGCCUUCACAGUGACAGUUACAGCUGAGGACUGCGCCAGGAGGAUCAGGCAUUUGGGGUACUGUCCGCCACAAAGCUGCCACCCCAUCAAAGCUGGCUGCUGCUCCCUCUCCUGUUGAGGUGUGUCCUGGGCUCCUUAGAACUCCUAGACAUCCACCAGCGUCUGCUUCCUGAGUGCUGGGAUUAAUGGCUUGCACCUCCACCCACACCUGGCUUAAAACUUUUUUAAAAAUGUUAAAUGUGGUUGGCAUGGUACUUUAGAAGGUGAAAAAGGGGGUAGUGGUCCCUACUUAAUUGAUCUCCCAAAGGUGGUCACAAAGUUAGCAAUGGCUCUGGUCUCAUGCCACUCCAUUUCCCCUGCUCACUGUUAGGGACUAGUUUGAAGGGCUUGAAUACAAGAUGUAACUGUCUGUUGAAACACCCCCAGGCUCUUAAGCGCCCAGCACGCAGAAACAAGGAAACAUGACUUCUGCCAGGCUUUACUGUCACCUGGGGGUGGGACAAUGGUCCUAUGAGUAGCCUCGGGGACCGGGUCUCCCCUUUGUCUCCCCCCCACCCACCUCAGGGAAGCCAAAGCUUGCCCCAGGCAGAGGGAGUAAAGGACAGAGUUGGCUGUAACACCCCCACCCCCAUGCCACAUGAAUCUCAGCCUACAUGGUGUUUAGGGGAAGGGUGGUCCCCACCAUUCUUAAUCAUGUCAGCCUGAAGACCUUGAACUGUUAACAAAAGUCAUCAGUUUAUAAUCCUCAAUGUACAGCAGUUACAGCAGUGCAGAGUAUGAGGGGCUUCGGCAUCUGCCACUUGUAUUUAUUGUGACUGAAUCUUUGAUAAAACAUGUUUUAACAUGCCACCAAACCGGGAUAGAUGUUCCAGUCAGUGAGCUGAAAUUGGCAGCCACGUUGUGUCAUUGGGAAGUCUGAGACCCUGAAGGACAAUAAAGAAAUGGACCAAA